AUGACGUCAUUUGAACAAGGAGCCUAUGGACAUGUGAAACCAAAGCCCACGACUUUUGGCCACAACAUCAAAGGUUUUGAGCUGCUACAUGGGGGCAAAGCUCCACGUGAAAAAGACUCUCAGGUGGCAUGGAAAGACCGUCCUCUUCAAGAUCGAAUCGCUGAGUCAUCCACAUGGUCGGAGUGGGCGCCUGGAGUGAAAGCAGCUUUGGUGGAAGGUUUAAGGAGAAACCUGACACCACUGACCACUGGGCGUUGUCACCAUGGGGCACUGGGCUCUGCGGAGGAGGCACCUCGGGACUCCAUGAGUGACAACAGUCGUCCCACUGGCAUCCAGGAAGAUGGAGUUGAUGGUGAUGUUGAGGAUGGAGAACUUCCUCGUCUGGAAGUAGAGCUGGAGGAGGAACAAGGAGAGGUGGAUGAUCGGGCUCUGGAGCGAGCAAAAACAUCGUACAACAGUUGGAUGAGGUUGGUGGAACAAUGUAAGCAAGUCAAAGUCAAAACCCUGACUUUUGUGGAAGUUGUUUCUUCAAGAGCAACGGGGCACAUCAUGGAGGGCUUGGGCAAGAUCUACUCCAAAAUUCGAAGCUUGGGACUUCCGGUGCUCAGACUCCACGCCGACAGGGCAAGGGAACUGACAUCCAAAUCAGUGCAGGCAUGGUGUCACAGCCGUGACAUUAUUACCACCUAUACAACUGGAAGUGAUUGGAAGAGCAACGGGAGGGCCGAGAAUGAGAUCGGCAUUGUCAAACGGCAUGCAAAGGUCCUCAUGAAAGCUCACAAUGUGGCGGAGGAGUUGUGGCCGAUUUUGGUCAGACAUGCGGGAGAAAGGAGAUUGAGAUGGCAGCUGCAACAAGUUGGCUAUCCAGUGCCUGAGCUUCUACCUUUCAACACCAAGGUCUUUGUGAAAAGGAAGUCCUGGAACGAACGCUAUGCAGCAUGGAGAUGGGAACGUGCCCGUGGCUGCAUCAUGGGACCUGAUCCUUGGUCUUCUUUGACUUCUGGUGGCUACUGCGUUCAACUGGAGGAUGGCAAGUUUUUGGCGUCAACGGACGUGGUGGUGGAGAAUGCGGAGUUGGGUGAUCAAGCUGCUGUCGACCUAGUGGUCCAAGAAAGGUUUCAUGAAGCUCGAGACCAACAUUUGGCUGAAGCUCCAAGACGGCGUCUGCGUUUCAAACAAGGCGCCCCACAAAUUUCCAGACUGGAGUUGGAUUCCAACUCGGGGGAGGAUCUGCACAAGAAGUAUGGUGGUGACGUGGAAGAUAAGGAAGAAGAAAAACGACUUCUUCACAUGCAUGGGGCAAUUUCUCAACUUUUGUCUGAAGAGUGCAUCCUGGUGGACGACAUGAACAUUGACCAUGCAGCAUGUGUUCCUAUUCUUUCCAUGUUAGCCCACCAGAAGUUGGACCUGGAGAUGCAUCUGCGUGUAAUGGACUUGGACAAGAAGGUUCAUGAUGAGGCUGAGAAUUUCUUAGUCACAAAAACCAUAGCGACGGAGCAGGUGUACAAAGAAUGGGAUGAAUGGAAGGAGGCGAUGCUGAAUGAAUACAGGUCCAUCGUGGAGGAAAAGAAGGCUGUGCGUCAGGUGUCAAGAGCUGAGGCGCAAAGAUGGGCAUGUGAGAGCGGCAUCAAAUAUGAGGAGUUGCCUAGCAAGGUCGUGUUCACCAGGAAAAUGGGUGGAAAAAGAAAGGUGAGAGCUUGCAUCUGUGGCAACUAUGAGGAUGAAGUUGCUACUUCAACAUAUGCGGGCGGAUGCGAUGCUUCGCAAAUCAGAAGCGUGGUGAGGCAUGCUAGCCUCAAACAAUGGGCCAUUCACUGCACCGACAUUAAGUGUGCCUUUUUGAACGCUGAGAGGAAGGAUCGCACCAAAUUGAUCGGGAUGUCUAUCCCCCACAUCUACAUCAAGCUUGGAAUGGCGUCUCAUCAGGAUAUUUGGCUGGUUGACGCUGCGAUGUAUGGGCUGGUUACCAGUCCAAGGGACUGGGCUGAUCAUCGUGAUAGCGUAAUCCCCUCCAUGGUUUGGCACAGAGAUGAGGCUGAGAAGAAAUGGAAGGGCAGUUUCCAUCGAGCUGCUGAUCAACACUUGUGGCAUCUGCGUGAAACAUGCUUGGAAACGGGGGAGGUGAAAAAUUGUGGUAUCAUGGCGAUCUACGUUGAUGACGUCUUAUUGGCUGCUGAACAUCGGGUUGCAACCAGUGCCCUGGAAGCCAUUGCAUCGAUCUGGGAGUGCUCAAAGCCUGAAGAAGCGACACUUCAACAAUCGGUGACUUUUUGUGGCUUCGAGAUUCAGCAGAACGACCGAGAAGAUGGAGGAGGAUAUCGACUUCAUCAACAGAGCUAUGAGGCAGAGCUCACCAAAAAGUGGGAGGUUGAAGAAGUCCGACAGCAACUGGAUUUCAAGUUGCCUUUGCCGGAGGAGGAAGCGGAGUUUCAAAAGUCUGAGGAUCACGAUUUGAUCCGGAGGGCUCAAGCAUGCACUGGGGCCUUGCUAUGGUUGGCAACGAGAACACGACCAGAGAUAUCUUUGGGGGUGUCGGCCAUGUCGAGGCUUUGCACUAAAGCUCCUGACAUCACCAUCUCCAUUGGCCUGCGAAUCAUGGCUUAUCUUCGAAGGCCUACUAUGGGACUGAUCUAUGCGGAGCAUCCUGGUCCAGCACAUGGUGAAAGAGAUCAACUUGGCCUUCCCCGAUGUGAGCGCACCAUUGAAGCGUUCUCAGAUAUCUCCUAUGCCUCGACGAAGGGCUACAGAUCGGUUCAAGGCCAAGUAUAUUACUAUGCUGGGGCUCCUAUCAUGUGGAACACCAAUCGACAGCCUUUUCCAACGCAAUCCACAGCAGAGAGUGAACUGGUCAGUCUCUGCGAAGCACUGGUGGGGGGCCGAGCAACUGCCGCACUCAUAGCUGCCAUUCGUGAUGAACCCGAAGAACACCUGAUCAAAAGACUGUGGGGUGACAAUGCAGCUGCCAUCUCACUUGCCACAGGUGAGGGUCAAGGGAGUUGGAGAACCAGACAUCUCCGCAUUCGAGCAGCGAUUCUACGGUCGGCAUUGCAGCAAAAAGAAUGGCAUCUUGGGCAUUUGAAAGGGACGGAGCUGGUUGCAGAUUCGUUCACAAAGAUUGUCAACGGAGCGGCAUUUGAACGAGCUCUUCAAGAUCUUUGCGUCAAAGCCUCUACGCAAAAACCUAGAGCUGAUGGAGGUGGAUGCGGGGAUCAACUGGGGGCGAAAGUGGCGAUGAUCAUCGGCGCUACGUUACUUUCAGGCGCUGCUGCAACAGAUGAAGCUGAGAAAGAGGAUGAAUUGUCAUGGUUUUGGACUAUUGGUCUUAUCCUGAUGGGUGUGGGCGCCGUCUAUGUGAGCAGUUUGCUUGCCCGAAGUGGCAUCUGGCUGAGCAAUAGACUUUUGGGUUCAUCGGGCGAUCUAUGUGGUCAACAAGAUCAUGGACAAGCAACCCCACCGAGACUGCAGAUGUUGCAAUACAGCAGUAGCGAAGAAGAGACAGAGCGACCGAGGGGCCCUCGACAAGAGGACAUCAAUUAUGCGGCGUCAGUUGAUAUGGGUGAGUUGCAGGCGAUGGUGGAUCGCAGCCGCAUCAUUCAGGCUGACCCACACAACAAAAUGCAUGGUCGAAGAGUUGAAGAUUGGCAGGAUUCUGAAGAGGAAGCCCCGAAGCGAGCUGUCCGAAUCCAUACCAGCGACCAACUUCCUCGACGAAGAAAGAAAAAGAACAAGGAGAAGAAGGUGGAGCGCACAGAGAGUGAUGAAGAGCGUCUGAUUGAAAGGGCACGACGUGCGAUGCUGGAAACGACUGGCAAUUUGUAUGGAGCAUCUUCGUCCAUGUCGAGGGUGACACGAUCGGGCUCUGGCAAAGGAGCACGUGGCUUGAUCUCUUCAUCUCAGGGUAUGUCUUCACAGUCGGGCUCUAGCAGUGCUUCUCAUCACCAGGAUCGAUUGGCUUCAUCACAGAAUAUGCCAUCAAGCUCGGGCCUGCAGGCUGCUGCUGUUGGAUCGCGCGCAUUGAAUAUGCCUUCGCGGUCGGGUUCUAGCAUUGCGGCUGCUGCGCCUGGUGCUAUGUCAAACAGUGCUCCUUCACAGUCGGGCAGCACUGGUGAUCAUGCGGCUUUGGCUGAGGGGGGUAGCGUCUCACAGGCGAAUCCAUGGAACUCUUUCCAAAUGCAGUACAGUGGCAGGCAUUGGGGCACAGAGAAAAUGCGUGCCGAAUAUUGGCGCUUUGGUGCCACCGGUGUCAAGCCAAAGUAG